UCGAUAGAUUACGACGACUGAAUCAUUCUGUGCGAGUGCUGAUGACAGAGGCAACAAAUAUUCUUUUUUACUGUUAUCCAAACUACGUAGAUAAUUCGACGAGUUUCAACUGCAUGACAAAUACAAUCGUUAUUCCGAUAAAUAUCCCGACAUGUUUGGUAAAAAGAAAGAGCCAAAGAGACAGUCCAGAUCUGGAAAUCUUGCCCAGGUAAAGCUCAUCGAUAAUUAUGGAAUAUUCCAAGUACCCGACAGUUUGGACGAUCUCGGAGAUGCGGGAGAGGACGAGGACGACGAAGAUUUGGAAGCUGAAUUGGCUGCUUUAACGAGCGGCGACGAUAAUACGACGACGACGACGACCAAGCAAAAGCAUAAGGUUCACGGGAAAGAUUCUUCCGGCUUGGAUGCAAUGGUCUCUGAAAGUAUGAAAGAUAUAGAGGAGGAGGAGGAUAUUUCUGACGGAGAAGACGAUCCAGAUUUACUGGAAGAACUCAAUAUGAUUACCGAAGAUGAGCAAGAGAUAAAUCGGGAUGAAAAAGAUCCUGAGAAUAGCCCUGCUAAAGAGUAUGACGGUUCAGUGGGAGACGACAGGUUAAAGUUGUUACAAGAAAGAUUAGAACUUUAUCGAAGGGCAGAGAAGAAAGCAAAGGAACAAAACGAAGCUGGUAAGGCCAGGAGAUUUGGCAGGGGAAUUAAAGCGUUGCAACAAUUAUUGAAGGAUGCACAGACCGGUGGUGUUAUAAAUGAGGCCGACAUUCCACCUCCUUUACCUCCUUCGGCUGUAUCUGAAUUCUCAGAGCCACCUACGGACGAUGGUGCAUCCCCCGUAGUAUCAAAGGAGAAUCCCUCGUCGGUGAGUCUUGAACGAGAUAAUGAUUCAGAAGUUGGUCAAGCGGCACCGGCGGUUGUUCAGGUCGAUCAGGAAGCAUUAGCUUUGUUAAAUAAACGACAACAGGAAUAUAAGAUAGCUGCUCUUGCAUGGAAGAAAGCUGGUAACAUUCAAGAGGCUAUGCAAUAUGUAAAAAUUGCAAAACAAUUUGAUAUAGUUAUAGCGGCAAUUAAUGCCGGAGAAGCAAUCGAUUUGUCCGAUAUGCCACCUACGCCAAUCGGACCUUCCGUGUCAGUCUCCGUAUCUCCUGCGUCACCCUCCUGCGUUGAAAAGGAAGACGUUGAAGUUCAGCAACGUGCCGAGCCAGAUAAAAUGCCUUCUUCGAAUAAAAUUGAUGAAUUAACCGAACAACGAUAUGGAAUAGAAAAUAUAGAAGGUGCUCUUAAAGAGCGCCUUGACGUAUAUAAGCGAACAAAAGCGAUCGCCGAGAACGAAGGGAAUUCCUCGAAAGUCCGAAGAUACGGCCGUAUUUGCAAGCAGUUCGAGGAAGCGAUUAAAUUACACGCACGUGGCAAAUCCGUUCCUCUGGAUGAACUUCCUGUUCCGCCGGGUUUUUCGCCCCUUUCUAUUCAGUCGGCCGUAUCAGAGGCAGAGAGACCGAAGGAAGAAGAUGAAAAAUCCAAACCGAAAACUGAUUCAGAGGAAACGUCCGGGACAAAUGCGCCACCUCCGCGAACAAAUAUAGCGGUAAAUAAAAAUCUAAAGCACGCUACGCGAGCGGACAAACAGAUGGCAAUGUUGCAACAACGCCAAUACGAAUUGAAAGAGGCCGCGUUAAAAGCCAAAAAGGACGGAGAUUUGGACUUGGCACGCGAUUAUUUGAGACAAGCUAAAGGAAUACAGCCCUUGAUCCAAGCCAGUAUAGCUGGUUUACCGGUCGACAUGAAUUCCAUACCCCUAUCGCCAGUUGCCAAAAUGGAACUUAGUGCGAACGGCUUGACCGGUCAAACGGACGAAAAUUUCCAAUUGAUCUUCAGCGAAGACUGCUUGGAGGAACGGACUGGUGGAACUGACGAACAAAUUUACGAUAACUUGGAGAACCAAUUGAUCAAACAAAUAAAAUUGUGCCUUUCUACGCGAGAUCAUUCGAAACAAUUGGGAGACGUUCCGGGAUAUAACAGAUGGGAACGACUCGCCCUAGGAUAUACACGUGAUUUGGAUAUGUUACGGGUUAGAAGACGCGAUGCGUUACCGGCUCCGUUGCAUCACUAUGAGACAAAGACAUAUGCGAUAGUACAGAGUUGUACCGACUUGAACGAUAGCGAUAUUGAAAUUUCGAUAAUAAGGGGUAUCAAUUAUCCACGAGAUGCUGAUACUUACGUCAUGUUUGAGUUUCCCUAUCCCUCGGACAAUCCUCCUGCGGACAGAACAUCGACGGUUAAAGGUACAUGCAAUCCCGAGUACCAAGCUGUCUUUCCCUUAACAGGAAUCCUGGAUCGUAGCUCGCGGCAAUGUCAACGGGCAUUCAAACGACAUGCUCUCAAGUGUCAAGUUUGGGCGAAAGGAUGCUCGCUGAACCCCAUCCUGUGUUGCACUCAUCCAAGAGGAUUUUUCAGAAGCGACAGUUUGCUGGGUACCGUGACAGUAAAAUUGCAAUCACUUGAGAUGCAAUGUAUUCUACACGAUUCAUUUCCAUUAAUGGAGGGAAGGAAGCCAACAGGAGGAAAGCUCGAGUUGAAGAUGCGCCUUAGAAAUCCGAUUAUCACGAAACAGAUAGAACAAAUGACCGACAAAUGGUUGAUCAUCGAUAACUGAUGCUUUUUCGUUUCGUCACGGAAGGAAAUCGACAUAAUGCACUCGCAUUUAAUUUGGCAAGAUGCGCACUGUGGUUUUUCUACAUAAAUGUAGAACGUCGUUCUCUUAGCCAGCGAUAUUAUUUAUCUCAAGCAAGUGAACAUUGUAAAUGUGUAAAAUUAAUCGAUUAUCUUAUCCUCGUAGAUAGACGAAUACAUAUAUUUAGAUAAGCUUUUUUUCUUUUCCCUUUUUUUUUUCUUUUUUUUUUUUUUUUUUUUUCCUCUCUCUCUUCUUAAGCCUUUCCAUUCGUUACACUUUGCUUGUAUAUAUCAUAUAUUAUAAAUAUGUAUUGAAUAAUACGCGCGUGGUAUGAGAAACGAUCAACGAUGAUGAAAAGUGGUGAUUGCGUUUAAUCGUUUAUACGAAAAGAUUUAACAGAGUUCUAUGAAUAAACGAAAGACAGCUUUUUAUGGUAUAUUUGUACGGAAAUAAGAUAAAAGUUAUUUAACAUCGUUACGUUGUUCCUUGCGAUAUUGUCCUCUUGUGGAAUAUAUAUUUCGGUCUUUCGGUGGUCGGGGUCGUUAAGAUUUUGAAAUGUAAGAAGACAAACGUACACGUGCCUCUCCCCCUCCCUCUUCCCUCCGUACAGAUAUCUGAACACGUAAGCCUUGGAAAGAAUUGGCAAACACGUGCGUCGUUUGAUUUACACGAUUCGAGAAGGAACGAUUCGCGGGAUUAAAGCUGAAUCGACAUUUUCCAGAGAACAAUACAUCCAGGUGAAUCCCCACUAACAAACUAUUGUCCGAUAAUCGUUCGACUCUCUGUCUCUUUUCAGCUAUCUGUCCUACGAUUUAGAAAUUCUAUGCGCGAAUUUAAUUAUCAAUCGCUCGAAGGAAAUAAUCUUUUCGGAUCAUAUGCUUUACAAAUCGCAAAUAGCGAAACGAGCGACAUGAAAUAAUAGAUCGAUUUAAUUUCAUCGCAUUCGCAGAUGUUUAGUUACAAAGUGUUACGGCUCGAAAGAGAGAGAGAGAGAGAGAGAGAAAGAGAGAGGAGCGUGGAAGCAAGCACCCGUAGCGAGCUACGGGUUAUAUAUCGAUCGCGUUCGUACACGUACGAAUGGCCGAUUGGAAAACAGCGGGAUCUAUUUGCCAAUUAGACUAUUAAGAGCGGCCGAAAAGGGCAAGGGCCGCGCGCGAGACCUGGCGAAAUUCGCUGCUGGAAGAAGAGCGAGCGCGAUUACAUGGUCCAGUGCAGAGUAUUUGCCGAGCAUAUACAUACCGCAGUAAUGUUGACCUUUUGCCAGAUCCAUUCUGGGUGCAAAUUAACGAUGUUUGCUCUCAACCCUUUUGCCCUGUCUUGAUUCUACCUCUUCUCUGUUCUCUCAACCCCGGUGCAGCUCUCUCUCUCUCUCUCUCUCUCUCUCUCUCUCUCUCUCUCUCUCUCUCUCUCUCUCUCUCUCUCUCUCUCUCUCUCUUGUAUUUUUCGCCGCUGCGUUCGCUCUCCUUAUUACUUGCUUUCAGUCUCGAAUUUUUAGUCUCGAUCGUUUAUCUUGCGAAAAUCUUGGACCAACGCGUUAGGAUUGCGUCUAAAAUAAAGUAAUAAGAAGAAUCGUGUCCUUGUGCGAUGAAAGUCGAAAGAAUGUGCCACGUGGAACGAUAUUAUAUAUGUAUAUAAAUAGCUAAAGCUUAGAAAAAUUGCAAGGUCCGCGAUAAGAUACCCUUUGAGAAAUGCAACAUUUCAAAGAUAACGUUUUCUUUUUCUUUUUUUUCUUUUACGUAUCGCUUAGAAUUAUUGCAAAAUUGCUUAAUAAGAAGGCCAAUUAAAAUAUUUUUGUUUAAACAAAGUAUAAUAACGUUAGCAUCGAUUUGUGUCUAUAUAGAAAUAAUAUAUCAGAGAAUUCUUCGACAUAGUGUCAAAGAUAAUAAAGUUAAGAAGUUUCA